AUUAGAUUCAGUUAGAUUCCGUUGGUUCAUUCGUUCAUCGCCUUCAGCUCCGAAACCCUAAUUUGGAUUCAUCACCGAUCGAGAAAUUCGAUCGAUUUUGGGGGUGGGAAGCAUGAGCAAUCUGAGAUCGAUCUGUCGUCCCCACGCGGUGGUCGCUUCCAUCGCGUGUUGCCGAACCCAAGCCCGAGCUCGAUCGAAGGUGACCAGGGUCCCGUUCCAGAGCUCGAGCAGCGAGCCUCCGCGGUUGAAUUCCCCGUCGUCCUUCGUGUUCACUUGGAGCAAUUCCGAGAGAGCUGAGCCGACGUGGUUCAGGGUCAACCAGAGGAGGACCAUGGUCAAGGCUUCGAGCUGGGCCGAGGAGAAAUCGCCGUACGAGACCUUGGAGUUGGAAAGAGAUGCCGAUGACGAGCAGAUAAAGAUUGCCUACAGACGGUUGGCAAAAUAUUAUCAUCCGGAUGUUUAUGAUGGUAGAGGCACCCUGGAAGAAGGAGAAACUGCAGAAGCUAGAUUUAUUAAGAUCCAAGCUGCUUACGAGUUGCUCAUAGAUGAGGAGAAGCGCAGGAAAUAUGAUAUGGAUAACCGGGUCAACCCUAUGAAGGCAUCUCAAGCAUGGAUGGAAUGGCUUAUGAAGAAGCGGAAGGCAUUUGAUCAGCGUGGUGAUAUGGCAAUUGCAGCUUGGGCUGAGCAGCAGCAACGUGAGAUGAAUCUCCGAGCACGACGGCUUGCACGUUCCAAGAUCGACCCAGAAGAGGAGAGAAGAAUACUGGCUAAAGAAAAGAAGGCAUCCAGGGAAUAUUUCACCAACACUCUUAAACGACAUACACUCGUCCUAAAGAAGAGAGAUCUGAUGAGAAAGAAAGCAGAAGAGGAACGGAAGAAGGUUAUCAGUCAGCUCUUAGCGGCGGAGGGCCUCGAGCUUGACACGGAUGAUGACGAAACACAGUAAAAUUGUUGGUUGGCUAAUUUAUGUAAAUGUCGCUGUGGAAUGUAUGUAAUUGUUCCUUCUACUGAAGAUCAAUGUUUACUUAUAGUGAUAUCAAAGGGUAAAAAAGAAAUGAAAAUAAGGAAGAACUCGUCUA